AUGUCCCGCAUCGUUUGGAUCAACGGCGAACUGGUUCCCGCUGAGCAGGCGACCGUCAGCGUCUUCGACCAUGGCCUGCUGUAUGGCGACGGCGUCUUCGAGGGGAUGCGGAUUUACAGCAACAAAGUGUUCCGGCUUAAGGAACACCUCGAACGACUCUACGAAUCGGCCAAGGCGAUCUGCCUGAACAUUCCGAUGCCGUUCGAGGCGCUCGUGGACGCCACGAACCUGACCGUUAAAGAGAACGGUCUCGAGGACGGAUACAUCCGCCUCUUGGUCACGCGUGGUAGCGGCACGCUGGGUCUCGACCCCAAUCGUUGCGGCAACCCUCAGGUGAUCAUCAUCGUCGAUAAGAUCAUGCUCUACCCGACCGAGCUCUACGAGAACGGUCUGGAGAUCAUCACGUCGAGCGUGAUUCGCAAUCACCCGGCCGCGCUGAGCCCCCGGAUCAAGUCGCUCAACUAUCUCAACAAUAUCCUCGCCAAACUCGAAGGCCUCCAGGCGGGCUGCGUCGAGGCGCUGAUGCUCAACCAUAAGGGCGAGGUCGCGGAGUGUACCGGCGACAACAUCUUCGUGGUGAAGAAGAGCGAGCUGUACACGCCACCGCUCGACGCCGGCAUCCUGGCGGGCAUCACCCGCGAAGUCGUCCUAGAGAUCGCCGACGAAGACGGCAUCCCCACCUGGGAAGCCUCGCUCACCAAGCACGACGUCUACGUCGCCGACGAGGUCUUCCUCACCGGUAGCGCCGCCGAAGUGAUCCCCGUCGUGAAGGUCGACAGCCGCAAGAUCGGCGACGGCCGACCAGGUCCCAUCACGAAGCGGCUGAACGAACUCUUCAAGGCCGCGGGAGACUUCGAUGACUCUCCAGCCCGCGAGCCUUGGAUGUUCCGCCACUACGCCGCUGCCUCUCUUGCCGCUUGUUUCGUAGCGACCACCGUACAGGCCGAACCCGCACGGCCGCGGCUGCGUGACUUGGGCGUCGAGGUCGGCGUCUUCGCGCCGGGCCCGCUCAACGCCAUCACCGAUGUCGCGGGCGUACGGGUCGGACACUACACGCUCAUCGCAGGUGACCGGCUUCGCACGGGCGCCACGGCGAUCGUGCCGCACGAAGGCGAUCUGUUUCAACAGAAGGUCCCGGCGGCGGUGGUUGUCGGCAAUGGCUUCGGCAAGCUCGUUGGCUCGACGCAGGUCAACGAACUGGGCCAGCUCGAAACGCCGAUCCUGCUGACCAACACGCUCAACGUCUGGGAAGCCGCCGCGACGCUCGCCGAGGAAGCGCUCGCGGCGCCGGGCAAUGAAGCGGUGCGUUCGGUGAACCCCGUCGUCGGUGAGACGAACGACGGUUACCUCAACGACAUCCGCAGCCGGGCGUUGAAGCCUGAACACUUCCGCGCCGCAUUGUCAGGCGCCGAGUCUGGGCCUGUCGAAGAGGGCUCGGUCGGCGCCGGGACCGGCACCCGUACGAUGGGCUACAAGGGUGGCAUAGGCACGUCCUCACGCAAGUUGCCCCCUUCAUUGGGAGGAGGCUACACGGUCGGCGUGCUCACGCAGACGAACUUCAGCGGCCUGCUGACGGUCGCCGGGGCGCCGGUGUGGCGUGACUUUGGACCCAAGCCGUACCCGGAGCACGACCUGUCGUCGAAGGACGGCUCGUGCAUGAUCGUCGUCGCUACCGACGCGCCGAUCGACGCCCGCCAGCUCAAGCGGCUCGCACUCCGCGCGCUCGUCGGCAUGGGCCGCACCGGCGCCGACUUCUCGAACGGCAGCGGCGACUACGUGAUUGCGUUCUCGACGAGUGAACUCGUGCGAAUCCAAGCUGAUCAAUCGGAACAAACCAUUCCGCGGCUGAGCGAAGCGAGCUUGACGCCGCUGUUCGACGCCGUCGCCGAGGCGACCGAAGAGGCGAUCCUCAACGCGAUCCUCCGCGCAACGACGGUGCAGGGUCGCGACGGGAACGUCAGCGAAGCGAUCCCGAUAGAGCGGCUCAAGGAUUCGCUGCGACGCUACGGCGCCAUCUCGAGCGACGACGAGUAG